AUGGGAUACCAAUAUUACCAUUAUAAUCCGUCAGCAGGCGCGGCGAUUAGCUUUGCUGCUGUCUUUGGCCUAACGACGGUCAUACACAUUUGGCAGAUGAUUCGGGCAAGGACAUGGUACUUGACACCAUUUGUCAUUGGUGGCAUAUUUGAGGCUAUCGGCUACCUAUGCAGGUAUAUCAGUGCGACCGAAACACCAAACUGGACGAUGAAACCAUACAUUGGACAGAGUCUACUAUUGCUCUUAGCGCCAGCCCUUUUCGCCGCAUCCGUGUACAUGAUUCUCGGACGCAUUAUUCGAAUGCUGAAUGCCGGUUCUAUAUCCCUAAUCCGCCCAUCAUGGUUGACCAAGAUCUUCGUGACCGGCGACGUGUUAUCCUUCUUGGUGCAGAGUGGAGGUGGAGGCAUGCUGGCUCAAGCUAAGACACAAGAUUCAGUAAAGAUGGGCGAGAAUAUGAUCAUUGGUGGCCUGUUUAUCCAGAUCAUCUUCUUCGGAUUCUUCAUCGUCGUCUCGAUCGUCUUCCACCGUCGCAUGCUGUCCACGCCUAUGCACCACAUGGUGGUCACUGAAGUCCCAUGGAACCGGUAUAUGAAGGUCCUCUAUACCGUCAGUGUUCUGAUUAUGAUCCGAUCUAUCUAUCGUGUUGCCGAGUACGUUCAAGGAAGUAGUGGAUAUCUACAGAGUAAGGAGGCUUUCAUCUAUGUGUUUGAUGCGGCAUUGAUGUUCGUCUGUUGCAUCAUUCUCAAUUGGUGGCACCCUAGCAAGGUCGUUUCUGCCAGAAAGAAGGCUGAGAGCGGCGGUGAUCUGGAGAUGUUGAAUAACACUCACUAUGAUAACACUCACAACCCUGAGUCGCAAGCAAUCAAUACGUCGCGGGGCAAGGAGUCGCCUCAUGACGACACGCCGGAUACGAAAUCUGUACAGUCUCCCAUUUCAAACCAACUUGGCCCUACGAGCGAAAGGCAUGAGGGCGAGGAACCGUCCACGACGACAGAGCAGGUACACAGUGAUCCGAGUAUAUCACCGGAGGGGAAGAGAAAGAAUGUAGAACAAGCAGGAAGAAGGCCCAUGGGGCCUGAGGAUGAGAAGUGA